AUGGACUACGGUAAUUUAGAGCAGUACUCCUACGAGGACGCUAUUGUCACUGCGGGAAAAAUUUUCGAAUUAUGGAAGAGCAAAAUGGUGGUGGUGUCGAUCGCUCCAAACAUGUGGGUAAUGAGGAUUCCUUGGGUAAUGAGGAUUCCUUAGGUUCGGGUAAUGAGGAUUCCUUGACAGCUUCCUUGGAUGAGGAUUCAUCGGGUUAGAUGAUGGCUGCUAUAUUGCAAGCGCACAAGAAAAUAUCAUCUACGCAGUGGUCCGUGCUGAGGAUGACUGAUUGCUUUUUUUGGUACGUCCGUUUGGUCCUUCUAAUAGAAGCCUUGGUCGGGCAUGAUGGUAAGGUGUUUGUUGAGCUGAUGGCAAUUCAGUCCCGAAGUCCAGCAGGUGGCGAGAUGGGGAAUUUAUGAGAUUAACAAGUCACGGACACAUUAUUUUCAGUUUUUACUACGUACAUUCCCAUUCUUGUGCUUCUUUGAAGAUGUUCAUGUUGAUCUUGAUGUAUGAGCGUUGGUCAUGCUGAUCUCUCUUGUUGCAUUGCAUUCUCAUAGCAUGAUCUACAUGGGUCAACUACCACUACUAAGAAUACUAUCUACUCGUAGCAAGAUCACCUAAGUGUUCAGCAGCACUGCUACCUUCUAACCACGAAACAGAGAAGUUGGCCUACAAAUUUGAUGCUGAGGAGAGUGCUGGAUCUCGUAUUGCUUAUGGAGCGGGACGACCUUGUAGGUGCGAUCCUUACUGCUUUCCACGCGGCCGCAUCCGAAGGUGGAGACACUGCACAUAUGCUCCUGUCGUUGGGGAGGUUGGAACAAGGUAAUUCUUAGGUUAGUAAUUUUGGUAUUGUUCUUUGGCGUCAUGCUUGUUUCCAGCAAGAACGUGGUUGAUAGAAGUUACAUUUUUCAUUAGGAGCAGGUAAACAACUUGAUUCACAACAUCUGGAACUGAUCCACCAGGAAUCGCCGUUCUUUCCUAAAUCAUCCUCAGCCGCACGAACAGUCCAGAAGAUUGUCGAAUCAGCUGGCUUACUGUCCAUGAAGAAGCCGUUGUUGUUAGCGCAGCUCCGACAGGUCUUGGAGGAUCCGCCAGAAACGGCCUCACUGCUCAUAAUAGACGAGCAUGGACACCACGUCCUGCAGCGUGUGGCAAGACUCUACUUAAGGUUGAUUCAUUCAUCUGUUGUGGGAGGUCACUAGGUUGAUUCAUUCAUCUGUUGUGGGAGGUCACUAGGUCAUAUUGUAGUCACUAGGUUGAUUCAUUCAUCUGUGGGAGGUUCUUGCAUUGCUUGAAUACUGAAAGGAUGCCCUAACCGAAUUUAGAGAUGAGGGCAUUCAUCUUUUCAGUGUUCAUCCUUCUAAAACGAAAUUCCCUUGAGUACGAAAAUGAACGAUCAUCGUGAACCCUAACCCACUAAUGUAUCUAGCUGAUGGACCUGCUGCGGUGUGUUCCGACGUACAGCAGAGGUGUGGCCAGUACCUGGUUGACUACCUGUUGGGCAAUGUGGAGAGCUUCGCGUGCGACAAACAUGGUAAUGGUCUUAGGUGUUGAUCUAAUAGGGCCAGCAGGCCUGCUGAUAAAAGCCAUGGAGGCAUUUUUAAAACGCCAAAUGCAACGGUCUCAAUUUCUAAAAAAACCUCUCACCGUCAAGCAUGGACUCACAGGUUGCUGCUAUCUACAAAGGGUACACAGUCUGGCCUCAGAAGCGCAACGAGACCAGAUACGAGCGGAGCUUGAGCCUAAUCUAGCGCAUGUAGUGUCCCACAUGUACGGGAACUACGUGAUACAGUACAAAUUUCAAUUUUCUGUUUUCGCGUUUGAACCUCAUCUGAAUCUGAAUGCGCAGGGCUGAGGCAGGACCCCAUCUGAAUCUGAAUCUUAAUUCAUCUCUUCUCUAAAAAUAGAUUGAUACUUCAACGAGGAUCGAAUGCUUACACACGCACUCGUUCUGCAGAAUAUUCAUACCUUGCGAACAGGUACACCAAAUAACUAUUUUCUCCCACUUUCAGAAAUUUGAUCCAGUUUGGGGACAAAGCAGAGUGGACUGGCGUAGUAGUCGACGCUUUAUUACCUGACUUGCGACAUCAUUGUUGCAAUCGUCAUGGUAGUAAUGUGAUUGAACUCUGCCUCCAGUAUGGAGAUGGGAAGGCAGUCCGUGCCUUGGUCGGCGGAUUAGGUCGUGGAUGUCAGAUCGCCGAGAUUUUCGCAGACAGUUUCGGGAAUUAUUAUGGAAGGAGGAUGCAGAUGUACUCGGCUCCCACUAAAUAAAACAGCCGGUUCGUUUUUACCUCUAGCAUGUAGCCCUUUCAACAAUAUAUGUAGUUUCAACUGACUUUGUUGUAUCGGGUAAUUCCGAGUAGGAGCAUAAGGUACGGACAUUUUCUGUAUCGGCUAAUUCCUAGGAUAACGAUGAGGUAAAUACCUAAACCUAUAGAUACAGUAAUCGGCUCCCACUCUAAGAUCUCGUCGUUCAGCGAGCAAUGCAUGUCUGCGUGACGUACAUCGACAAUUUCAUGUCAAACUCCUCGUCCUAUGCAGAUAAUUGCGAAUCACUGCUGCACGGAGAAUCACUGCUGCACGGAGAAUCACUGCUGUACGAAGAAUCAUUGCGCCUCUUGGUCGCUGCCUUGACGCCGAUCAUGCUGUCGUUUUACGGCAGGACUUUUUCAAAUUAUUUUCCAUUUUCCUUAGGUAUCUCUUGACAUGUCUUAUGAUAAUCAAUGUUGUCGAACAAUCUACUGAAAGCUCUCUCCAUGUCCAUCCUCUCUUCUCAGUCUUUCCCUCAGUUUUACUCCCACUCAUAUACCUUCUUCUAACCUUCCCUUCGCUAUGAGCGUACGCAGCAAAAGGGUAGUGCGAGGGCUAUCGCUGUGGCCCAGAAGAUAGGGAAGAAGUAUGCGAAACACUUCCCAUCGUCGGUCAAAGUCUGUGUGCAGAAUAGUGAUAGGAGGGACACGUCGUGGAAUAACAACUCCUGA